UCUCUCUCUCUCUCUCUCUCUCUCUCUCUCUAAAUCUUCGCUGCUUCGGAUUGUGGCGCCACUAGGUACCAAUUUAUAUGUGUUCGUCUUAGUCCCUUACAGUUCAAUUAUUAUGAUAUCUUGGUAUGUAUGAGCGGCAAUGAAGAAAUGGUACUGCGGUGUUUUGACCGCAUCUUUCUUGAUGUUAUUUCUUCUCGGAUAUUACGUAAUAAGAAACCCCAUCGACGAGAGCUACUUCACUAGCUCUUUAAUACUCAACGCCACAAAUCCUCUCGAGUGGAUUAACUCUGCUGCUCCACCUGCACUCCCAAAUCCGGAAAAUACUUCUCAAGUGAUCUCCACCGAAUCUAUUGCAUCUAAUCUCUUUGCCCCAAGGAACUUGUCCAAGGAAGAACAAAGUUCUUUGCAGACAUGGAAUCGUUUAAGAAACUUGGUCACGCAUGCUCAGGGCUUACCUAAUGCUGCUGAGGCGAUUAAGGAAGCUGGUGCUGCAUGGAAAAACCUGAUUAACUCCGUUGAAGAAGAAAAACGACAGAGUAAUGGGAGUUUACUGAAGAUAGGGAAAGAGAAACAAUGUCCUCAUUUCCUCAGUAAAAUGAACGCGUCAGAAGUUGAGGAUGACGGAUUUAAGUUGAAGAUUCCCUGUGGGUUGACUCAAGGUUCUUCGAUCACAUUUAUCGGCAUUCCGAAUGGUCUUCUUGGUAAUUUCAGAGUUGACCUGACUGGUGAACCUCUGCCGGGAGAGCCAGAUCCUCCUAUUAUUUUGCACUAUAAUGUUAGAUUACAUGGGGACAAGGUAACAGAGGAUCCUGUAAUUGUUCAAAACACGUGGACUAUUGCACAUGACUGGGGUGAAGAGGACCGUUGUCCAACUCCUGACCGAGAAAACCUUAAAAAAGUGGAUGAGCUGGACCAGUGCAACGAGCUUUUGGGUAAAGAAAAUAACCAUACCGUUGUCAAAACUAAUCAACAUGCCAAUACAACAUCAAAGAUAUCCAUGGCGCAUGAUGGGAAAUCAAGAAAGUACUUCCCUUUUAAGCAAAACGAUUUAUUUGUUGCUACAAUCAGAGUCGGUUCAGAAGGAAUUCAAAUGACAGUGGAUGGAAAGCACAUAACCUCAUUCGCUUUUCGUGAAACUUUGGAGCCGUGGCUCGUUAGUGAAGUGCGGAUUUCAGGAGAUAUAAACUUAAUUUCUGUUGUUGCUAGUGGUUUACCAACAUCAGAGGAUUUAGAACAUAUAAUUGACUUGGAAUCUCUCAUAGCUGUUCCAAUACCUUCUCGAAGACGACUUAAUCUGUUUGUCGGAAUAUUCUCUACUGCCAACAAUUUCAAGCGCAGAAUGGCGGUUCGGAGAUCGUGGAUGCAAUAUCCUGAAGUACGUUCAGGACAGGUUGUGGUUCGUUUCUUCGUUGGUCUGCAUAAAAACCAGAUGGUGAAUGAGGAGCUGUGGAACGAGGCACGGACUUACGAAGACAUACAACUGAUGCCUUUCGUUGACUACUACAGCCUGAUUACGUGGAAGACAAUAGCCAUCUGCAUCUUUGGGACUGAGGUUGUUUCGGCUAGGUUUAUUAUGAAGACAGACGACGACGCGUUCGUUCGAGUGGAUGAAAUCUUAAAUUCUUUAGGGCGGACAAAUACGACUCAAGGUUUGCUAUACGGCCUCAUCAAUUCGGAUUCAGAACCUCAUCGUAAUCCAGAUAGCAAGUGGUUUAUUAGUCCUGAGGAAUGGCCAGAGGACAAAUAUCCGCCUUGGGCACACGGGCCUGGUUAUGUCGUGUCGAACGAUAUAGCAAAGACAGUUUCCAAGAAACACAGAAAAGGACGCCUAAAGAUAUUCAAGCUAGAAGACGUUGCCAUGGGAAUCUGGAUAGCGGAUAUGAAGAAGAAGGGAUUACAAGUAAAAUACGAGAACGAUGAGAGGAUCUUUAACGACGGUUGUAAAGAUGGUUAUGUUGUUGCACACUAUCAAGGCCCAAGAGAGUUGCUCUGUUUGUGGCAGAAGAUUCAAGACACAAAACGUGCUAAUUGUUGUGACGAGUAACUAACUCGUGCAAUUAGUUAGGUCUUGGGUUGUCCUCUUGAAAGGGUAGUAAUCUUUUGCCACGUUUUGUAGAGACAUGUAGAUUUACAAGUAGGAGAUGAUUAAAUACGCGUGUGGAUUAGAGUAUAGGUGGUUUUAACAAACACGUAAACUUUGCUGUCCAUUUUUCUGGGGAGGGAUUUGUAUCGUAUGUAUAUAGAGGGAGAGAGCUGUGGCCUGCGAGUCGAUCUUCGACCAACUGCAAAUGGUUAUGAAUAUUUUUUUGCCGAGAAAAAGAAAUGAUCUUCGCUCUUUUUAUAGU